AUGCCACGCGUCACAAUCACCAUUGCCACCUUCACCGGCUUGAGAGCCGCCCCCGCGAAGGUUGCCGUCGCCAAGUCCGUGGUUUCCUUCACCCCCCGGGCGCAGAGGCUUUCCAUCUCCUGCGCUGCGUCCCCAGACACCCUGACCAAGGUGCGGGGCAUCAUCGCGCAGCAGCUGGCUGUUGAGGUGGAGAAGAUCACCGCCGAUGCCAAGUUCGUCGACCUCGGCGCCGACUCCCUCGACACCGUGGAGAUCAUGAUGGCGCUGGAGGAGCAGUUCGACAUCACCCUCGACGAGGAGGGUGCUGAGAAGAUCUCCACCGUUCAGGAGGCCGCCGAUCUCAUUGAGGAGCAGGUUGCCAAGGCUUAA